CGCUCGGCCAUGUUGAAGUGUGGAGGAACUGCAGCCCGCCAUUGUGUGUCUGAUCUGCAGCUGUAGCGAGAGAGAGAUAGAGAGAGAGAGAUAUAGAGAGAGAGAGAGAGAGACGGGCGCAAAGACUGAAAACACACACAUUUCCCGUUGACUUUAACCCGCAAACAAACGCGCAGGCAAACACACAGGCUCCGGGGAGAGAGAAAUGUCCGCCAGCAGCCUUCUGGAGCAGAGACCGAAAGGCCAAGCAAACAAAGUGCAAAACGGAGCUGUUACCCAAAAGGAUACUUUGAACGAUGAUGAGUUCGAGCCUUACCUGAACGCUCAGCCCAGACAGAGCAAUGCCUAUACGGCCAUGUCGGACUCCUACAUGCCCAGUUACUACAGCCCCUCGAUAGGCUUUACCUAUUCGCUGAAUGAAGCGGCAUGGUCUACAGGCGGUGAUCCCCCGAUGCCUUACCUGGCCUCUUAUGGACAGCUUAGCAAUGGGGAGCACCACUUUCUACCAGAUGCCAUGUUCGGCCAGUCUGGGGCACUGGGGAGCAACCCUUUCCUGGGACAGCAUGGCUUCAACUUCUUCCCCAGUGGGAUUGACUUCCCUGCCUGGGGGAACAGCAGCUCUCAGGGACAGUCCACACAGAGCUCAGGUUACAGCAGCAGUUACGCCUAUGCUCCUAGCACGCUAGGAGGUGCUAUGAUCGACGGACAGUCUCCCUUUGCAGCCAACGAGCCACUUAACAAGGCCGUGGGAAUGAAUAGUUUGGAUCAGGGUAUGGCGGGGCUUAAAAUUGGGGCUGGUGACAUGACACCCAAAGUUGUUGGUUCUGGACUUCCUGGAGGGCCAUUGAGUCAGGUGUCUGCAGCUCCCACCAUGCCUCCCGUCUCCAUGGCUCCUGCUAAAACAGCGUCUUGGGCGGACAUUGCCAGCAAACCGGCCAAACCGCAGCCUAAGCUGAAAACCAAGGGGGGGCUUGGUGGGACGAAUCUACCGCCACCUCCGAUCAAACAUAACAUGGAUAUUGGGACUUGGGACAACAAGGGGACUAUGCCUAAACCAGCAGCCCCACAGCAGAAUUGCCUGCCCACUAAUGGACAGCCGCCAAAUCAGUCGUCUCCUCAACCAGGUGCUACUGCCGGUGGGGUGCCGCAGCUGCCCCUCAGCAACGGACAGUUAGUGCCUCCCACUGGUCAACUCGGCCAGCACCCUCUUCCUCCAGGUGGCCAGCCUGGAGCUGUCCCACCUCCACUCUCCCAGGGCCCUUCUGCUCCCCAACCCUCCCAGCCAACCCGCUGGGUGCCCCCGCGUAAUCGUGCCAAUGGCUUUGGGGAUGCAGCGUGUGGACCUGGCCAAACCCCUCCCAAUUCAGGAAUUGGUGGUGUUGCUGUGCCAUCAGAGCCCCACCCAGUUCUGGAGAAACUGUGCAUGGUGAACAACUACAAUCCCAAGGACUUUGACUGGAACCCAAAGCACGGUCGCAUCUUUAUCAUCAAGAGUUACUCUGAGGACGACAUCCAUCGCUCCAUUAAGUACAAUAUCUGGUGCAGCACAGAACAUGGCAAUAAGCGUCUGGACGCUGCUUACCGUUCACUGGCCAACAAAGGGCCGCUCUACCUGCUCUUCAGCGUGAAUGGCAGUGGGCACUUCUGUGGUGUGGCCGAGAUGCGCUCACCCGUGGACUACAACACUUGUGCAGGCGUGUGGUCGCAGGACAAGUGGAAGGGCCGCUUCGAUGUGCGCUGGAUCUUUGUGAAGGACGUUCCCAACAGCCAACUCAGGCACAUUCGUCUGGAAAACAACGAGAAUAAGCCAGUGACCAACUCCCGUGACACACAGGAGGUACCGCUGGACAAGGCGCGUCAGGUUUUGAAGAUCAUCGCAAGUUACAAGCACACCACCUCCAUUUUUGACGACUUCUCACACUACGAGAAACGUCAGGAAGAGGAGGAGAGUGUAAAAAAGGUGGAGGUUCAGGGGAGUGACCCGUACUCCAGUAACUCCAGUCGGAGCCACUACAGAAUGCAGGAUCGCCAAGGACGUGUGAAGUAACAAGCACUGCUUUGGGCAAAAGACUGACAGGCCCGAUUUUCUCUCCCCAGUCUUACAACCAGAUAUUUUCAGAAUUUAUUUUGGGGAAAGAUUUAACCAAGGAUUCAAAAAGAGGAAAAAAGAAGUUAAAUGAAGACUCUUCUUUUGAUUUAUGUUGACCUAAAAGACUUACUUCGAACUUGUAGUAAAAGAAAUGACACGAUUAUUCAUAGGACUACAACUUAAUUCUAUAGGAUUCUAAUAGUGAACCCAGUACUUCUCACUGGUUUUUUUUUUUUUUUUUUUUUUUUUUUUUUUUUUUGGUCCUGUUUUUGUUCUGCUGCCUCUUUUUCUCCUAAAUUUUGUUUUUUUUUUAGAAAAAAGCAUCUGUUUUUACAGUCCAAGCACAUGGCUUUGCUUCUCUCUUACUACAAUAUUGUUUUUUUCUUCUUUUAAAUCAUUAAGUUCUAGUUCCCGGGUCCUGUAUAGGCAGUCUCCACCCCAUUUCUCUGUUAACUCCUCUUUAUCGGAGCUGAAAGGAUCCAGUCAGGACGUGCAAUGAUCGUCGCCUUCUCAGUGGAUGUUACAUUAUUGGUUAAUUUGGCCACUAGUCAGUACAACUCUCAUUACCUUCUGAGGGGGAAAAAGUUUACCCAGUUUCAACCAAGAUUAUAAAAUGGGGAAAAAAAUAAAAAAUGUAAUUCCAAAAAAAAAAAAAAAAUUCUAAUGAAUGUUCAGGAAUGUCCUGAGUUUUUUUUCUGUUCCUGUUGUUUUUUUUUUUUUGUGUGUGUGUGUUGGAAAUAGAGGGUGUUUGGCAGGGGACAGUAAACGGAGAAGUUGAUUUGUAGAGUUAAGGCUUUUGCUCAUGAUCAGUUUUAUAGUGUACAAAAGGGGGCUGUGUUUGAGAGUUGUCAGCUUAUUUUCCAUAUACUCCUUUUUCUCCUGCAAGUUAAAGAAAAAAUGUUGCUAUGGGCUGCUCUCCUCCCGUAAUUUUUUAUUUAUUUUUUUUGUUCUCCUCUUUCUCUUCCGUUUCUUAAGUCUGCAUUGAGGUGGGCCUUGCACCCUCUCUUUCUCAUAACCAGUUCAUUAAAAAUAAAUGUGGUAUACUCGGCAAAACGUGUGUUGCAUUUUCCCCUUCUUUGACUAAAUACAAUGUCAUGCACUAACCUGUGUCCCAAACUGCCUGGUCCCCCUCCACCCAGCACCCACGCUCCUCUCCUACACUAGCUGCCUGCACACUUCACCCCUUCUUCUACUUUGUUCAUGUCAGUGCAUUGAAGGACUCCUGCAAGACUGCUGGCGUCUAGCAGUGUCAGAAUAAAGAUGCUGCACAAAG